CCUCCCCCUUUAGACCCCGUCGAGCACUCCAUCUCUCGCUCCUUCCUCCCCCCUCUCUCUCUCUCUUAAAUUGGCACCGUCUCUGGGCUCGAACCAUGAUAACAGAACGGGCUUAUUGCGCUCCGCGUUGCAGGGCUCUCCUCAACCCCGAUCCCUUCAAACUGAAAUAAGAAGACGUUUAGAGGAGAGAGAGGGGGGAGAAGGACAUACAAAAAAAGAGAGGAUCGCACCGUAUCCUGUCAGCGGGUGCUCAGGAGGAGUAGCAAGACACUAUAUUUCUGCCACACACACCCUUCUAUGUUCUGUGUGCUCCUGCGCAUCGCAGAUCCCACAAAGUCUUCCUGUCGUGUUGAACUAAAGGAAAAGUUAACAUGCAUCUGCAUGCUUUGGUCCGCGCAAACCUUGGAUUUGUGGGUUUCCUUUUGGUCGCCUUUGUCCAACAGUCAGCUUCAGGAAGUAAAACCACUCAAGAUGUGGACGAAUGUGCAGAGGCUCUGGACAACUGCAGCAUCGAUGCCAUCUGUCAGAACACCCCAAAGUCUUAUAAAUGCAUUUGCAAGUCUGGCUACAAAGGUGAUGGCAAACACUGUGAAGAUGUCGAUGAGUGCGCGACUGAGUACAACGGAGGGUGUGUCCAUGAAUGCAUCAAUAUCCCAGGAAAUUACAGGUGCACAUGCUACGACGGUUUCCGUUUGGCCCACGAUGGGCACAACUGUCUCGACGUGGACGAAUGCUCGGAAGGCAAUGGUGGGUGCCAGCAGAUUUGUGUCAACAUGAUGGGCAGCUAUGAGUGCCGCUGCAGAGAAGGAUUCCUCCUGAGUGACAACCAGCAUACAUGCAUCCAGCGGCCUAAAGUGCAACCAGAAGGCACAAAGGAGGGGCCCACCUGCAUGGACAAGAACCACGGCUGCGCACACAUCUGCAGGGAAGCGCAGAAGGGUGGCAUCUCCUGUGAGUGCCGACCUGGAUUCCAGCUCACCCGGAACAUGAAGGACUGCAAACUGACGUGCAACUACGGCAAUGGAGGCUGCCAGCACAUCUGCGAGGAGACGGACCAUGGCCCCAAAUGUUCCUGCCACAUGAAGUUUGUCCUCCACAGCGAUGGAAAGACUUGUGUAGGGGAGAGGAGUGUCCAGUCCCAGGCAGCCCCACAGCUGUUCCCUAAUGAGACCUGUGCUGUGAACAACGGCGGCUGCGACAGCACAUGUCACGACUCGGUGACAGGAGUUCGCUGCAGCUGCCCUGUCGGCUUCACUCUCCAGCCAGACCGCAAGACUUGCAAAGACAUUGACGAGUGCCGUCUGAACAAUGGGGGGUGCGAUCACGUGUGCCGAAACACCGUGGGCAGCUUCGAGUGCAGCUGCAAGAAAGGCUACAAGUUGCUAACCAACGAGAGGACAUGUCAAGAUAUUGAUGAAUGCUCUUUCGACCGUGCUUGCGACCACUUCUGUGUCAACUCCGCUGGCAGCUUCCAGUGUCUCUGUAAUAAAGGCUACGUCCUGUACGGCCUGGCCCACUGUGGAGAUAUUGAUGAGUGCAGUAUCAAUCGUGGAGGCUGUAAAUACGGCUGCAUCAACACUCUGGGAAGCUAUGAGUGUACCUGUCCGUCUGGAUACAAGCUUCACUGGAACAAGAAGGACUGCAUUGAGCUGGUGAAAUGUCCUCCUGGACUUGUGGCACCAAAAGCCACCCUGACCUGCAGCAGGACGGGCAAAAAGGAGAGCUGUUCUCUCACCUGUGCUUCCAAAGCCUACUAUCUGGCAGGGACAAAUAACAGCUACUCAGUCAGCUGCGGCAUCCCGAUUCUCACGGGCAAACCCCCUGCAAGGAUCAACUCCAGCAUCAUUCAAGGCUGCGUAGAGACUUUGGCGCCUCCAGUGAAACAGAAGGCUUCUUUCAAGAUUAAAAAUGCCAAAUGUCACCUGCAUCCAAAGCUGACAGGCAGGACCGAGGACAGGGGACGGACACUGGGACCAGGAGGGGGGCAGCCUUGCAGCAACUGCCAGGUAACAUUUGUUAACCUUACAUGUGACUCCUCCAAGAAAGCUAAAGGGCGACAUGCUCGCAAUCCCUCUAACAAAGGAGUAACACGCAUCACUUUGGAGCUGGAAGCUGAAGUCAAACCUGGAGACACGACAGGAAGCUGCAACCUCAGCUGUUUACGGCAGCGCAUGGAGAAGCAGGUGAAAACGUACAUCAAGGCUCUGAAGAAGUCCAUCAACCAAGAGCGCUUUCUGAUCCGGGUUGCUGGUUUGGAAUAUGAAGUGGCCCAAAAGCUUCCUCAGGUUGCACCCAUUCAGGACCACUGUGCCCCAGGCUGGGAGCGGGUCAAUGGCAGAUGUGUUAUGUGCCUACCAGGGUCCUACUACCACGGGGGACAGGAGCGCUGUGUCCAGUGUCCACCCGGGACUUUCCAGGAGAAAGAGGGCCAGCUGGCCUGUGACCUCUGCCCUGGCAGUGAUGGACAUGGGGCAGUUGGAGCACGAAACAUCUCCUCUUGUGCUGGCCAGUGUUCGACUGGCUACUUCUCCAGCGAUGGCUUCAAACCCUGCCAGCCGUGUCCUCAGGGCACCUACCAGCCAGAUCUGGGAAGGACACUUUGUUUCCCCUGCGGUGGAGGCCUGAGCACGAAGCGGGAAGGUGCCAGCUCCUUUCAUGACUGUGAAGUCAAAGUCCAGUGUUCUCCAGGUCAUUACUACAACACCACUGUCCACCGCUGUAUUCGCUGCCCAGUGGGGACGUAUCAGACAGAGUUCAGGCAGAAUUACUGCAUUACCUGUCCGGGAAACACCACCACCGACUUUGAUGGGGCCACAAGUGUCUCGCAGUGCAAAAACAGGCAAUGUGGUGGUGAGAUGGGCGAGCUAAUGGGUUAUAUUGAGUCACCUAACUAUCCUGGUAACUACCCUGAUAACGUGGAGUGUAUUUGGAAUAUCAACCCACCAAGCAAGCGCAAGAUCCUGAUCGUGGUGCCGGAGAUCUUCCUGCCCUCAGAGGAUGAGUGUGGCGAUGUUCUGGUCAUGAGGAAGAACUGGUCAGCAACAUCCAUCACCACCUACGAGACCUGUCAGACAUACGAGCGGCCCAUCGCCUUCACAGCUCGCUCCAGACGUCUGUGGAUAAACUUCAAGUCUAAUGAGGCCAACAGCGCCAGAGGUUUCCAGAUUCCUUAUGUUACCUAUGAUGAGGACUAUGAGCAGCUUGUGGAAGAUAUUGUGCGAGAUGGAAGACUCUACGCCUCAGAAAACCAUCAAGAAAUUCUGAAGGAUAAAAAACUGAUUAAGACUCUUUUUGAUGUGCUGGCCAACCCAAACCACUACUUUAAGUACACCACUCGGGAGUCCAACGAGAUGCUUCCACGCUCCUUCAUCCGUCUCAUAAGCAGCAAAGUGUCAGCGUUCCUGCGGCCCUACAAGUAAAAGCCUGCAGCUGCAGAGAGGUACUGGAUUUCAACACCCGCCCCACCGGCCCACGCCUUCUCCCUCCUCCUCUCCCGACAUUCCCUGCCACCUUUCAGGCCACAACUCUUCCAGGACUUCUUAACACAAACCCUAUGAGACUCUUCACUCAGCAGACCUGAGAAUUGCCCGACAUGUCGUAACCCUGUUUGCUCUUUAGGUUUAUUCUGUCUGUCUCCAGGUCUGUAUUCCUGCGCUCUAGCAUUUAGUGGGAAUGUUGAGUAUGUGAGUGGUUUCUGUUGUGUUGUGCAAUGGAACCACGUAUAACGAAAGAAAAAAAAAAGCUUAUUUCAGACAGUAGGAGUGUUGUUUUGUGUGUGCGGUUUGAGCCUGAUAGAGCUUGUUAUUGUGUUUGCUCCAGUUCCUACCAUUAAGUGUGACUGUUUGUGUUGUGUAAAAGUGUUGUGUAACUCUGGUGCCAUCCUUGGUGUCUGAGCGCUGUCCUCAAGGAGGAGCGGUCACUUAAAUCCUGAGUUUUCCAGCUCCUUUGAAGCCCGGCUGUAUUUUUUGAGCUCUUAGAGCCUUUUCCAACUGUUAAAACAGUUCAACCGUGUUUUGCUCCGUCUGUUUAGACUGUACCCGUGUUUCCCAACCUCCGGGUUAUUUCUUCUGGUCGUUUUUUUUUUUUGUUUUGUUUUUUUUUUUGUUUUUCAACCCAUCUACAAAGCAAACACAAAAGUGUGGUUUGUCAUUCCAUGGAACCCAGCGGACAUUCGGGAGAUAAAUGAUUGUGAGAGAUGGGAUGAUGUGAUGUCUGGUGGAAACAUGUUUCAGAGAGUGAGAGUAAUGUCUCUGUGGGACAUUAUGUUUGCUGCUUCUUUUUAAAAAGGUCACUUUAAUUCUUCAGUCUCAUUGUCUUUCUCAUGUACUCUUCAUACUGAUAUUCUGUAGGGUUUAAAAAAGGGAAGCUCAGAAUCCAUAAUAAUUCUGUUUUUUUUUUUUUUACAAGCAGUAAGUUGAUAAUCUCUCAUUACUCAUCUGUGGAUUUACGGAUUAUUUUGUUUUUGGUCUUGUAAAUAGUGAGAUUAAUCUAGUCGAGGGUUGAAAUCUUUGAUCCUGAUUUUUAGGUCCAGUACACUUUUUCCCAGUUCCAGUUACUUCUGAGGUCCCACUAGUCUCAAAUCCAAAGACACUCAACACCCCCAACUCACUCUGUGUCCUGUCCCAAUGAAGACAGCUCUUCCAAAGACCACUCAGAUCGGGCAGCUCGAGUAGUUUCCUGCACUAGAUUUGGAACCGACCGUCCCUUCUGUUUUUAUUAAAGUGCAAUGAAAAAAGGAAAAAAAAAAAUGGUUCCACUCAGUUGCGACCCAUAUGGAAAUUUGCAAAAUGUGUUUUGAGUUGUGGUCUUGUUGAGACUAUUAAUCAUCUAUUAAUAAUAUUGUCAUCAAUUAUUUAGGCGUAAAUGGAAAAAUAAUAAAGUAAAACUAGCUAAAUGUAAAAAAGUAACAAUUUGGUUUGUACAGUGAAACAAAUUGUAAGAGUGACUAAACAGGGUAACAUAAUUUAAAUGUAGAGAAAAUCUAACACUUCUGGCUUGUAUAAGCCUCAGCCAGAAAUACUGUUUGAGGAAAUCUUCUCAUUUGUUUUUUACAUGAGAUUUCACAAAAAGAUCAGGUUUGUCUGGUAUUGGACACAGGAUUCCUACUCAUUUUUAUCUCAAAAUGUUGUACUUUUCCAGACUCAUUGUUCCAAAUUUCUUGAUCCUUUGUUAGUUCAAUUUUAAAGUAUAAACACAAAAUUGCUGUUGCCUGAUAAAAAAGUAAUGAAUAAAUAAACAUACUGAGUUGAAUGCCACUGUCAAAUUGAUAAAGUCUGAAAAUACACAUUUUUAGACCUGACGAAUAUUUUUCGUUCAAAUCCAGAUGUUUUGCCAGCUUGUGUGGGAACCCUGUGUACAAAAACAUCAUUGUCACUUCUAAAAAAACAUCACCUUUUGACACAGAUUACUUGGUGUGCUGAGUUUGGGGUAAAUGUCACUUUUUUUAUGACCAGGCACUUCCUGAGCUCCUCCCAGUGAAAAGAUUUUAGCCCAAGAUUUAGGAGGCGACGCCCCUCAAUCAGCAUCACUUUAAACAACCUGGGAACAACGAAUGAAUGGUUAGUCAAUAUGUGACCCUAAAAAUCUACUGACAUGGACAUUCAUUAAGAGAAAGAAAACUUGCCCUCUUGUACGUAUGUAUUUUUUUCCCCAUUUUUGUAAAUAAAAAUUAGUUUGUUAGGACACUAUAUCCCAUGGACCAUACUGGAUUAAACAAAGGGAAUAUGCCCUCACUGUCAAAUCUGAGGGUAUUGUUGGGUCAGACCUCUUAUAUCAGUUUAUAAUUCUUCCUAUACACAUUUCACUUAUACAUCAGACAGAAUAUUUUCUUUUUUUGGUGCGCUCAUGUGACCCACAUGCACCCUCUCUUCCUACCAGAAAGAGCUUCUUUCCUGCAUCCUGUUAUUGUUGUUGUUGGUUUUUAUUGAGGUGUUGCCUUUAAAGCAAUAGUUUGCUAUGAUGUAUUGGAGUUUGAUAAUGAUAUUUGCACUUGAAAUGUUAUUGCUCAUGUAAAGAAAUGUCUGGUUUUUGUAUUGUCUUUUUAAAUGAAUGCAAUUUGUGUUCCUUUUUUUUUUCUUCUUGUAACUUGUUUGUUCAUAAGAUGCUCACUCACCGUUUAGUCUAUAGAGACGAUACAUUAUCAGCAGUUUGGAGAAAAAAGAUGGAAAAAAACAACUUUGUACAGAGGGGAAUCAAACAGGUUUACACUUGUUACUGCCCAAGACACUUAUUAAAAAUAAACAUACUGUACUUCA